AUUUAUAUAUUUCAGAGUGAACAGAUAACGUUUCUAUGUAUGUUAUUUGCGAUGAUAGUUAUUGGUAAUUGUUUGGUGAUUAUAUCUAUAUCUCUGUCCAAGAAGAGACGAUCAAGGAUGAAUUUCUUUAUUCUGAACCUAGCUUGUGCCGAUUUAUCUGCUGGUUUGAUAAACGUAUUAACAGACAUCAUUUGGAAGAGUACGGUAGAUUGGCACGGCGGAAAUGUCGGAUGUAAACUCGUCCGUUACGGCCAAGGUGUGGUUACAUAUGGUGCAACGUAUGCGCUAGUAGCUUUGAGCAUUGAUAGAUUUGAUGCUAUUGCAAGACCAUUGAAAUUCUCGGGAAGCGAGUUAAGGUCAAAGAUAUUGGUGGGCCUGGCCUGGGGUUGUGCUCUGACGUUCUCUGUACCUAUGUUGAUAAUAAAUGAAGGACGAAUAGUUGAUGGAAGGCCUCAGUGUUGGAUUGAAUUUGGCCAAGAUUGGAUUUGGAAGCCGUACAUAACAACGAUAGCUGUGGUGUUAUUUAUUAUCCCGGCAGUAAUAAUAGCCGUCUGUUAUAUCAUUAUCGUGGUGAUUAUCUGGAGAAAAACCUCUGUGGGCAAAGGUAAAAAGUUGAAGGCCUCAGCAGCCUGCAGUUCAAGAGGUGUUAUACCUAAAGCUAAAAUAAAAACCAUUAAAAUGACGCUGGUUAUAGUGUUAGUGUUCAUCAUUUGUUGGAGUCCAUAUUUUGUAUUCGACUUGCUUCACGUGUACAAUCAUUUUCCCACAACACAACAGACAGUUGCCAUUAGUACCUUUAUACAGAGUCUAACUCCAUUAAACAGUGCCGCUAAUCCUAUCAUCUAUUUCCUCUUUAACUCCAAAACGUGCUUCUCAUUCUUACGGUCAAAGCAGCAAGGCUCUCCCGUGACCAACAUCCGGUUGACAAGUAUUUGAUUCGAUUUGUGUGUUUUGCUGUUGAAAUAUUAUAUAAACUAAAGCCAUGUGCUCUGUAAAAUCCAAAAAGUAUCAUCCUUCAGUUUGACAUCUUAAAGGUUGUUGGAUGCUGUAAAGUCCCUGUUUACUGUUAUCGGACAAUGAACACCUCUAGUCGGAUAGCAGACACGUCUAGUCGGAUAGUGAACACUUACCUCUAAUGGAAUGUUUGAAGACUGUUGACGGAUAGUGGACACUUACCACUAGUGUAAUAUUAAAAGACUGUUGACAAACAGUGGACACUUAUCUCUGAUGUUUGAAGACUGUUGACGGAUAGUGGAUACUUACCAUUAGUGUAAUAUUAAAAGACUGUUGACGGAU